AUGCCUUACCCUGAUACUUUCGAAGGUUUCUCUGUCUAUUCGCACGAGAAGUGGAGUGAUUUCAAGAGGACGGAGCUCACACCAAAGACCUUUGGUGAUAACGAUGUAGAUAUCGUUGUUGAGUGCUGUGGCGUCUGCGGAAGCGAUCUCCACACUAUCACCGGCGGCUGGGGCCAAAGAAAGCUCCCUCUCUGCGUCGGCCACGAAAUCGUCGGCAAAGUCAUCAAAACGGGUCCGAAAGUCACGCUCUGCAAAAUCGGAGACCGCGUCGGAGUGGGAGCUCAGAUCAGGGCGUGUCUGGAGUGCAAAAUAUGCAAGUCUGACAACGAGAACUAUUGUCUGCACAAGAAAUUUACGUACGGCUCGGAGUACGAGGACGGGAUCGUUUCGCAGGGUGGUUAUGCGAGCCAUGUUCGGGCACAUGAAUAUUUCACGUUCCCGAUCCCGGAUGAUAUGGAGUCUGCCACGGUCGCACCUCUGAUGUGCGCCGGCCUCACCGUCUUCAGUCCCAUGUACCGCGCCAAAAUCGGUCCAGGCAUGAAGGUCGCCGUCCUCGGAAUCGGCGGCCUUGGCCAUCUCGGUCUCCAAUUUGCCCGUGCUCUCGGCGCCGAAGUCUACGCCCUCUCCCACUCGCCCCACAAAAAAGAAGACGCGCUAAAAUGCGGUGCCCAACACUUCAUCGUCACCUCCGAGCCCGACUGGCAAAAGCCCUGGGCGUUCACGUUCGACUUCAUCCUCAACACCGCCGACGUCACUCACACCUUCAACAUGGUCGACUAUAUCUCCACACUCAACAUUAACGGCGUCUUCCACAACGUCGGCCUUCCGGACGAGCCGCUCCCAGAGAUGCGCGCGACGCAUUUCUUGUUCAAUGGCGCGAGCAUUACGGGCAGUCAUAUUGGGAGUAGGCCUGAGGUGAUCAAGAUGCUGGAGGUGGCGAAGGAGCAUGGGGUCAAGAGCUGGGUGGAGGAGGUGCAGGUGGGCGAGGAGGGGUGUAAGGAGGCCUUGGAGAGGUUGAAGAAGAAUAACGUGCAUUUUAGGUUCACGUUCGUUGGCUACGAUAAAGCGUUUCCCAACCGAGUGACGGAGGCAUAG